AUCGACACAAUCGUCAUAUGUCCGUUUUUGCUCUUGCAAAUAACUUUGAGAGCUGGACUUAACAACCAACUUGGAGCCCAUUGUUUGUCCGAAAAAACAUCAAAGUUAGACAAGGGUUUCACAAAGACGCACAUUUCAUGUAGACAUUCUGUGUUCUCUGAUACAGCGACAUAAUGCAUGAAAUCAUCACGCUCCAGCUCGGGCAGCAGAGCAAUUAUCUAGCCACGCAUUUCUGGAAUGCCCAGGAAUCAUAUUUUACAUAUUCCGAGGAUCAAGAGCCAGCCGUUAACCAUGAUAUCCACUGGCGUCCCGGCAUCGGUGCGGAUGGCACCGAAACCUACAUGCCGCGGACCGUCAUUUACGAUCUGAAGGGUGGCUUUGGGUCCAUGGCAAAGACGAAUGCGCUGUAUAACGACCUUGAGGAGGGACAGACGCCUCAAGCAUUGUGGAAUGGACCAACCGUACUCCAAAAACAGCCCGCCAUCCCACAAUCCGCCUAUCAACAAUCCCUCGACGCCGGCCUCGAGCCCCCUCCCCUCACCACGGACACCGUCCGCUACUGGUCUGAUUUCAACCGGGUCUUCUACCACCCGCGCUCCGUCGUUCAGCUGAACGAGUACGAACUCAACUCAUCCAUCAUGCCGUUUGAGCGCUACGCGACGGGCGAGGAUCUGUUUGCGUCGCUGGACAAGGAACAUGACCUUCUCGAUCGGGACCUGCGGCCUUUUAUCGAAGAGGCCGACCAGAUGCAAGGGAUUCAAGUCAUGACAGGCUUGGACGAUGCCUGGGGCGGAUUUGCGGCAAAAUACUUGGAGAGGAUAAGAGACGAGUACGGCAAGACGGCCAUGUUCGUUUGGGGCAGCGAGCAGGAGUCGGUGAUGAGGGCUGGCGGAUUGAGCAGGGAGAAGAGACUGCUGAGACUGGCGAAUAAGGCAAGGACAAUGACGGAGGUGUAUAAGUAUGCGAGCGUUGUCGUGCCGUUUACGGUGCCUGCGACGCUGCCGGGGAGUGUGGUGCUGGAUGCGGGCUCGCAGUGGCAUAAUACUGCGCUGUCGGCGGCGGCGAUAGAGAGCGUCACGCUUCCGUCGCGGCUGAGGGAUCCGGCGAACAGGGAUACGAUGGCUACGCUGGCUGAUUCGCUCAAUGCGAUGGGGAAGCAGAAUGUGGCUAGCUUGGGGAUGAGCUUUGCUCCAGAGCCGACGGAGGAGGAAGAUGUAGUCAUGGAAGGGACGCAGGAUUUCAGGCAGAGGCAGUUGCUGAACCAGAAGUCGAGUAGACAUGCGGCUGUGAUGGUGAAGGAGAACCCGGAGGGAGUGUUUCUCGAUAUUAACUUUACUCCCACCGAUCAGUUGGACUAUGUCCGUCGCCGUGGUGGCGGCGAUGAUGACAGACCGAGGGUGUUCAGCCAGAUGCUUACCUCGAGAGGUUAUGAGAUUGAUGAGCAGGUGCAGGAAGCCAAGGAGGCUGAGGAGGACGAGAGGUUCCGCAGGAGGAGCUCGUACGAGACUGUUAUGAAAAGUUAUCACACACCCCUUCGCUUCCCUCUUCUAGACAGCUUCCCUCAGAUCUUCAGGGAUGACAGUGGUGAGCCACUGAAGAGAGGAGGAGCGAUCAAUGUCACUAGCAGUCUGUCUACGGAUGCUUCAGUGCAUAAGAGGCUGAAGUCGUUGAGGACUACGGUUGGUCGGUCGAUUGGAUUGGAGGAUAGGGAACAGCUUGGAAACGAGCUGGCGGAGAUGGCUGAUGAAUAUCAUGAGGGGUGGUCGAGUGGAAGUGAUGAUGGAGAUGACGAUUGAUCGGUCGACGCAGCAAUCAACAACGUGUUCAAGCGUGAAGCAGACAAGACGAUUACUCCCCGAGGUCCUUCCGCCUUUACACCAGACAUUUCACUACCUGGGUAUCUAACCAUCCAAACCCAACAACGCCCCAAUCAAAUCCCCCUCCCCUUCCAUCUCCCAGAAAUCCAUCACCACAACUCCCAACCUCUUCCCCUUUAACCCGUCCGGCCCAUCAUCCCUCAGCAACGCCAACAACUUUUCGUUAACUCCUCCUUUCACCGUUCCACCGCCAGUCACCUUGGGGACACCUUGCCGUUGUUCUUCCGGACCAAGCGCCAUAACCUCCGGCGUAAUGUUCGGUUCAUUCAAUACAUGUUCCCCCGAGGUGAACGUGAUCCACAACCCAUCAUCCUCAUCAUCCUCCCCGCGUGCACCCAGUCCUGCCCCGGGACCGCUCGCAGCCCGUAAAUGGCCCUCCACAGCCUCCCACUUAGCCAUCACAUUCUCCGUUACACUUCCAUUCAUCCCACUCGGCAGGUCGUUAGGUUCAAAGUAGUCCUCUAUAUACGCCGUCUCAUUCCUCUUUUCCCCCUCUACCACACCCAAGUCAAGUUGGUUAUAAACCAACUCAAA